AUGAAGCUCCCACGGUCGGAUAGCAGUGUCCAUGACGGCGACGUGGUAAAAACGAGCUGGUCCUCAAAUGUAAUCGUAUUACGCAUUUUGUACACAGUGACGACUUCACGCUACGCCUUCCAUGGCGUGUUGGCCAAGAAUCUCGACUGGUCUGCUCAAGAUGAGCCAAACAGUGAUGAACUACUAUGGGUUUACAACAUUGCCGGGCAGAUAUCCCUCUGGCAGGAAAUGCGACAGCGCCCGAAAGCUGGCGCGGAGUUUACCGACCAUGAAAUCCAAGAGAUUAUCGGCCAUUACGAGCUCGAGGAUGGCCGCCUGUUCUAUGCGAUCAAGUGGGCGGGGUACGAGUGCCCUACGUGGGAGCCGGAGGGGAGUCUUGGGGCGUAUAAGGAAACUAUACUCGACUACUGGCUCUCAUUGUCAUACUAG